AUGGCUUUGGAAUUAAUAAAAAGUGGAUACGCUGAUGACAGUGGCGCUGAAUCCGAUCCAAACGAAGAAGUGAACAUUCACUUCAAAGCACUCGCUGGAACCGAAGACAAGCCCAAGAAAUUACUCGUCUGCUCAGCCCCACCUCCUGCCUCAUCGAAUUUGUCAAACAUCAAACCAAUCAACCCAGAGACAAAAGUUCUCUUUUAUAAUCCAAAAUAUGAAGAAUUGUAUGCACCAAAAGUUGGUCCAGAGAAUCCAUUCAAAACUAAUCAAAUGAAAGCUCACAGGAACAGGCUGACUGGUUUUGUUGAAGAAUGCCAUGUGAAUGAUUUCCAAUUUGAAAAUCAGCGACGCACAUUUACAAGUUAUGGUUAUGCUAUCAACCCGUCAGUGGUUGAAGAAGAUGCAGCGUCAGGAUCGCACAUUGGAAACAUCGAGAAGGCAGAAAAGAGUAACUUCAAAACCGUUUACGAAACGACGAAGAAGCGAGAAGGUGAUAGACGAAAGAGGUUGAGAAAUGAUGACCCGAGUGAUGUUGAUGGGUAUUUGGGUCCGUGGGGCAAGUACAUUGAUGAAUUUACCGUGGCCAAACCAACUGAAGAAGAAAAGAAAGAAUUGGAUGAAUAUUUAAGCAAGCUGAACAAACGAUCGAAGAUUGAAUUGAAACCAACGGAGGAGAAAUCAAUAUUGCACUUGAAAGAGGCAUGUGAUUACCAGGGCCGAACAUUCAUGUGCAAGCCACACGAUGUUGGAGUCAACCUCAAAAGUAGAGAACCACCUCAGAAGUGCUUCCUGCCGAAGAAAUUACUCUACACGUGGACUGGCCAUAAUAAAGGCGUGGCAGCUGUCAGGUGGUUUCCUCACACAGCCCACCUCAUGCUCACCUGUAGUAUGGAUGCCAAGCUGUGGUUUCGAUCGAUUUCGAAACUAUGGGACACGGAGACGGGACAGUGCAUCAGCCGAUUCACUAAUGGGAAAGUACCUUACUGUAUAAAGUUUCAUCCUGAGGAGAACAUGCAGAACUAUUUCGUUGCCGGCACCAAGGACAAGAAGAUUGUCUGCUGGGACGUGAGGUCUGGAGAGAAAACUCAGGAGUAUGACAGGCACUUGGGCGCUGUCAACACCAUCACUUUUGUCGAUCAGAAUAGAAGAUUUGUAUCCACCUCUGAUGACAAAAGUCUCCGAGUUUGGGAAUGGAAUAUUCCGGUAGACUUCACAUACAUAGCCGAUCCGUCCAUGCAUUCCAUGCCAGCUGUCACCCCAUCACCCAAUGGAAAAUGGUUGGCAUGUCAGUCGAUGGACAAUCAGAUCGUCAUAUUCAAUGCCAUCAACCGAUUCAAACGAAUGAAGAAGAAAAUUUUUAAGGGUCAUAUGGUCGCCGGCCACUCGUGUGGAGUCGACUUCUCUCCAGAGAUGAGUUACUUAAUAUCCGGAGAUGGGGACGGAAAGUUGUACAUUUGGGAUUGGAAGACAACAAAGUUGUACACAAAGUUCCAAGCACAUGACGGCGUCUGUUCCAGCUGUCUCUGGCAUCCACACGAAACUUCCAAAGUCGUCACAGCGGGCUGGGAUGGACUGAUCAAACUCUGGGACUAA